AUGCGUCGGUUAAAGCCCGUUUUCUUAGAUGUGAAGAAUAUUGGGCGCGAUGGAAAGAAAACCACCGUAUCGAUUCCGCUGAGAGUGGAUCUUGGGAAGCAGCCUCAUAAGAGUACGGAGGAAAAUAGUCAGGACACCAACAGUCCAGUAGAACAAGAUGUCCCUCUUGGCGAUCUCGAUAAGCAGGAACUCUCUACUCAACAGCAAAAUCGCGUUUUGAGUAUCUCUGCUAACUGGGAAAAGGUACGGGAAAAGUUGCUGAAUUCGUUCAUUGAAGAACAGCAUCUCCCAGACAAUGUGAACUGUGUGAACUGUCAAAAGAGUAUCGCUACAACAAGAUGUGAGUACUGUGGCCCUCGCCAGUACUUUUGUGUUGGAUGUGCACGAGCUCUACAUGUCAAUCGAAACAAGUUUCAUGUACUUGAGAAAUGGAAGGUGUGUAUGAAUAUUUUGGGGCCAUUUGUAUUCUAGCUACUUUUAGUGUAACAUAUCUUGCUUUCUUUAUUUUGAUAGGAUGGGGUAUUUUCUCCUUUGUAUGCAGACGAGGCAACUGUUAGCUAUGACCAUACGUGCAGAACCGCAGCAGUAAAGCUGUUCAGACUUCUGGAUGCCUCAGGU